AUGGCUACAAUCCGUAGUCUUGAUCAUUCAAAAUCCGAAGCGGAACUCGCUAUCAACAUUAGAAAAGCUACAAGCCCGGAAGAGACAGCGCCGAAACGAAAGCAUGUACGAAGCGCCAUCGUCUAUACAUGGGACCACAAGUCCUCCCAGUCCUUCUGGGCUGGUAUGAAAGUGCAGCCUAUUCUUGCCGACGAAGUGCAAACGUUCAAGGCCCUAAUCACUAUCCAUAGAGUCUUGCAGGAAGGACACCCUCAAACGUUGAGGGAGGCUAUGGCAAAUCGACCUUGGAUUGAUAGUCUUAAUAGAGGUCUAGCCGGCGAGGGCGUUCGAGGAUAUGGACCCCUAAUUCGAGAAUACGUCUACUUCCUCCUAGCGAAACUAUCAUUCCACCAACAACACCCCGAGUUCAACGGCACGUUCGAAUAUGAGGAAUAUGUCAGCUUGAAGGCGAUUAAUGAUCCCAAUGAAGGCUACGAGACUAUUACCGACCUUAUGUCGCUCCAGGACAAGAUUGAGCAGUUUCAGAAGCUGAUCUUCUCACAUUUCCGAAAUGUUGGCAACAAUGAGUGUAGAAUUUCCGCCAUUGUCCCUCUGGUACAAGAAAGUUAUGGGAUUUACAAAUUCAUCACAAGCAUGCUAAGAGCUAUGCAUUCAACAACGGGUGAUAACGACGCAUUGGAACCCCUGAGGCAGCGUUACGAUGCGCAACACUACCGAUUAGUCAAGUUCUAUUACGAAUGCUCGAACUUGCGUUACUUGACCAGUUUAAUUACGAUCCCGAAACUACCGCAAGACCCACCCAAUUUAUUAGCAGAAGACGAAAAUGCCCCUGCAUUACCAGCCCGCCCAAAGCAAGAGAUCGAGCGUCAACCGACCCCUGUACGCCAGCCGAAGUCCGAGGAACCCGACGAGAUUGCCGAGUUCUGGCAGGGUGAGAUUGAUCGGCAAAACAAGGAGUACGAGGAACAGCAAAGGGUAUUACAAGAGCGUCAAGCAGCAGCUCUUCGUGCUCAGCAAGAUGCGCAAAUGCAGGCUCAGCGAGACUUCGAGGAGCAGCAAAGACUUCUAGCAGAGCAACAACGUAGGGAACAAGAAGCACUAAUAGCUCAACAAGCCCAAUGGCAGACACAAGGGAGGCUGGCCGAACUUGAGCAAGAAAACCUAAAUGCGAGGGCGCAAUAUGAGCGUGAUCAGUUAAUGCUGCAACAAUACGACCAACGAGUGAAGGCACUUGAAGGGGAGCUAGCCCAAAUCCAGAACAACUUUGGUCAACAGGUUAACAGCAAGGAUGACCAAAUCCGCGCCCUACAAGAGCAGGUCAACACAUGGCGAACCAAGUACGAGGCCUUAGCGAAGCUGUACUCGCAGCUACGCCAUGAGCAUCUCGAUCUACUUCAGAAAUUCAAGACAGUCCAACUAAAAGCGGCGUCGGCCCAAGAAGCUAUCGAGAGGCGCGAGAAGCUAGAGCGUGAAAUCAAGACGAAGAACCUAGAAUUGGCAGAUAUGAUUCGGGAGCGAGACCGAGCACUUCAUGACAAAGAUAGGUUGAAUGGUAGCAACAAGGACGAAGUCGAAAAGCUGAAGCGAGAACUUCGUAUGGCAAAUGACAGGGCUGACAACCUCGAGCGAAGCAAAGGCAACGAGCUGUCUACUAUGCUCUCUAAAUACAAUAGAGAGAUGGCAGACUUGGAAGAAGCUCUACGAACCAAGUCGCGUGCCCUAGAAGAAGCACAGGCUAAGCUACAAGACGGUAGCUCAGACCUCGAGCAAUUGCUCCGCGAAAAGGAGGAAGAGCUUGAGGUCUACAAGGCUGGCAUGGACCAGACUCUUAUUGAGUUGAAUGAGCUUAAGCUCCACCAGGGCGACACAGACAAUGCCCUCGACGGCCAGAUCGAUGCUCUAAUAUUGGCGAACCUUGACAAGAUCAACGACAUUAUCGACUCGGUACUACAAGCAGGUGUAGUCCGAGUAGAUGACGCGCUCUACGAACUAGACUCAACAAUGCAGGCUGGUAACCAAAACGCUUCGCCAACAUAUGUGCUAUCCCAGGUCGAAAAGGCUGUAGCGAGCGCUUCAGAAUUUGCUACCACUUUUAGCAACUUCAUCGCCGACGGUCCUAAUGCUACUCAUGCGGAAUUAAUCAAGGCGACCAACGUCUUUGCAGGGGCUAUAGCAGAUGUAUGUAGCAAUACAAAGGGUCUGAACCGUCUUGCUUCCGACGAAAAGAAGUCUGAUCAGCUUCUCAAUGGCGCUCGUGCUGCCGCCCAGUCUACUGUCAAACAUUUCCGUAGCCUUCAAAGCUUCAGGCUAGAAGGCAUGGAUCCUCUACAAAAGACUGACGUUCUUGUGAAUGGUAGCAGCGAUGUUCGUCUGAAUCUACAGAGGUUGACUACCCUAGUUGAGACCUUUGCUCCUUCCGGUCGACUAGCAAACAACAAGGGCGAUCUAGGCGACCUUGUCGACUCAGAACUAAGCAAGGCGGCCGAUGCCAUUGCUGCAGCGGCUGCACGCCUUGCUAAACUCAAGAAUAAACCCCGAGACGGAUACUCGACCUACGAACUCAAGGUUCACGACUCGAUACUCGAUGCUGCGACGGCGGUCACCAAUGCUAUUGCUCAGCUAAUCAAGGCUGCUACCGUUACACAGCAAGAGAUCGUCCAAGCAGGUCGGGGAAGUUCCUCGAGAACAGCGUUCUACAAGAAGAACAACCGAUGGACGGAGGGUCUCAUUUCAGCCGCGAAGGCUGUGGCUACGUCGACUAAUACGCUCAUUGAGACAGCAGAUGGUGUGCUAUCUGGUCGCAACAGUCCCGAGCAGCUUAUCGUUGCUUCGAACGAUGUGGCCGCCUCGACAGCUCAGCUUGUGGCCGCCAGUCGUGUCAAGGCUGGCUUCAUGAGCAAGAGCCAGGAGAGCCUCGAGCAGGCCAGCAAGGCGGUAGGCGCGGCUUGCAGAGCACUUGUGCGACAAGUACAGGCCAUGAUCAAGGACCGAAACCAAGAGGACGAGGGAGUCGAUUAUGCCAAGCUCAACCCGCACGAGUUCAAGGUUCGGGAGAUGGAGCAGCAGGUCGAGAUUCUACAGCUCGAGAACGCGUUGGCUUCCGCGCGACACCGGUUAGGCGAGAUGCGCAAGAUCUCAUACCAAGAGGAUUAA